AGCACAAGUAUUAAUAGCAAUGACAAAAAUAGCAAGCCUAUUGACUAACUAAUGACAUACAUACUUGAAUGGUUCACAGUUCAGUCUUGCAUAAACAUCUGAAGUAUUGGAAACUAUAUGAGUGAUUGUAAAUUCAGUGGAAAACAUGGCUACAUCACAAUUUGUAAAGUAAUGCCUUAUGAAGUGGAACACCAAAUCCCAAAUGUAUAAACAUAGCUGCAACUUUGAGAAUUUUUGCCAAAAAAUUAAAAAGAAAGAUUUUCUGGAUGAAAAAAUAUCUGAAAUGAAAAAGUGGAAGAUACUAAGGAGACAUUUAAAACUCAUAAAUUGAAGAGAAACCGACAACGCCAUGACAUAAAACGAAGAAACAACAAGCCAGUCCACAAAACACUACAGAGUAAACCAAAGACUGGGCAACAUGAUUUAUCUUAUCUGCUCCGGAAGGUUAAGGGGCUGCACAUGUGGCACCCGCCAGGUUGCCGAUGAUGACGAAAUGGUCAUAUAACAUUCAUUUGUUCAUUGAGACGUCUUAAAUAUAAACUUAGACAACGAUAUCUAUCUGGGAACAAGUUUUUAAAGUUAAACAUUUCAGGAUUGAUUGAUUAAUUGAUGGUGGUUUAACGCUGUGUCAGAACACAUGGGCUUUAUAUGGUGCUGCAGGAAUAAUUUUGUUUGUAACACGAAAAGUAGGUGGAAGACCUAAAUUCGAUAAAUAGUAACAAAUUAACAUAAGUGUGACCAUUUGGUUUACGUUUUCUCUCUGUACAAUGAUAUCUGUUCGAUAACUUACAUUCAAAUAACAUACACAGCUCUGUUCACUGUAGGAACAAACAUUUGAUGCAAAGAUGACGAUUUGUCCAGAUUCAGCUUUAAAUCUCUACGGAAAACUGAAGAACGACAAAGCCUACAGACAAAUCUUUACAAUGUUUGCGUGGUCCUGUUUUGCUUUUCUUGUCUUGGGUUGGAAUCUUGGACUUGGAGGGCCGACUCUUUUAGACCUUCAAAUUAUAGCAAACUGUUCACUAGAACAAGCCUCUCUGUUCUUUACAGCUAUCUCAUGUGGAUAUUUAGUUUCAUCUCUUGUUAUUGGAGUCACUUUUGACAGAUUAGAUAAAUUUUUGCAUAUUGUUUUCGGAAAUGUCGGCAUCACAAUCGUUAUGGCUGCCAUACCAUGGUGCAAAUACUAUGAACUCAUGUUCACAAUGCAUGUUCUAAAGGGAUUUAUGUGUGGAUUUUCAGAUGGAGUUGCUUCAACCCUUUUGAUUCACCUUCUUGGUCAAGACUGCAGAAGAUAUAUACAGAUUCUUCAUUUUUUCUACACAGUUGGAGGAAUGCUAUCAUCGCUAGCCACUGCUCCUUUCUUAAAUCAGUUUGAAGGAUCAGAUAUAAUAAAAAACGAGUCGUAUGAUGGUAUAUUUAAUGUAACAACUUUGCUUUACAACAAUAGUAACGCAUCCACGGUUCAAAAUUCACAUGACCUUUCAAUUUUACGAAAUACUAGCGAGAGUUCACUAACAACGGAAAUUUAUAAACCAUUCUUAAUUUCUGCAGGAUUAAGUUUUCUGUCAGUUGUUCCAUUUUUUGUCAUGUACUUUACAUUUGAUAAGCAACUGACGGAAACAAAACAAAAAAAGGAAUCAAAAGUAGACAAAAAGUGUGAACUUCCACUAUUGCUCCGUAUCCCAGCUUUAUUGAUAAUAGCCUUAUGUUCAUCAGUUUACACAGCACUUGAGGAUUCGUUUGCCAGUUUUUUGGCGACGUUUGCUGUAAAGCAGUAUCAAUGGGGAAAAUCUGUAGCUUCAUAUGCUACAUCACUUUACUGGGCUUCAUUUUCAGGUGGUAGUCUUAUCGGAAUAUUUAUAGCGCCAUUAUUUGAUUUGUCUAAAUUCUUGACUUUCUACAGUUUGAUGAUAGUUUCAUCAAUUACCGUGCUCUUGUUGACUACUUUAUAUGGACUUGAUGAUGGCAUUUGGGCAUCUGCUGCCAUCUGUGGAUUCUUUAUGUCGGUUUUCUUCCCAUUAUUUUUAGCAUGGACAGAAGAGAAUUUCCUUCAUGUUUCUGCUCGAGUUACGGCUUUGAUAAUGAUAUCAGGAAGCAGUGGGGUAAUAAUCAACCCGGUAAUUCUUGGGCAGCUUAUGGAAGUAUCACCUGUUUGGUUCUGUUACAUCUUACUAGGAGAAAGUAUUGUAUUGUUCCUACUUUUUUGCGUUGGCACUCUCCUAUCAAAGAAAACAAAAAGAUUUCGAAUGUUGUCAAAACUUGAAAUUCGUGUGGACAGAAACGGGGAAAUAUAUGAAAACGAAAAUUCAGAUGUAAAACUCGACAAAAAUAUUGAAAUAACAAAAUUCUGAACAAAAAAUAAUUUUUUAUCACGUGUUAGAUUAAUUCAAAUAAAAUAAUUCAUCAAAGA